AUGAUGCAUAAGUGGGACGUUGAGGAUAAUGAGGAAAAUAGGAAAAAGAUAUGGACCAUCGCAAAUGAGCGUUACAAAGGAUGGCGGUCCACAUUUAGUGCUACGUACAGGGCGUACACCACCUAUGAUGAGAGAAUGAGACACAAGCCUGAAGAGUUGGACAUUGUUGAAUGGCACUAUCUGGUGUUGUAUUUUGGCAGUGAAAAAUUUCAGAGGAUUAGCAACAAGAAUUCUCAGAAUCGGCAGAAUGUAAAGAUACACCAUUUGACAGGAUCAAAGUCUUUUUCUCAGUGUAGCUAUGAACAGAGGGACCCAUUAACUGGUGAUGAGCCAAAUGAUUUGGAGCUUUUUAUGUUGACGCACAGUAAGAAUGGGCGAUGGACAAGCCAAGAAUCUAGGAAUGUCUAUGAUAAUGCAAGCAGCAAAAUUUCAGAGAGGGAAUCAAAUGGAGAUGCAAACAUCAUCUCAGAUGUGGAGCAAAACCAGAUUUUCCAGACAGCCUAUAAGGAAACAAGAAAAUGCAAAUCAGCCAAGAUCCUUGCUAAUGGAUACUUGGCAAGGUACCCAACAAGAAGGCAGCUACUCUCUGAGGAAUACCAGUACCACGUCCGUCAAGAUGCGGCACUCAUGGACGCAUUUUCAAAGCUACAAGAAAGAAUUGAAGCUCAAGAGGCUGAAAGGGAGAUCGAAAGGGAAGAACAUAGGCGUCAGAUGGAAGAAAUGUUGAAGUCAAGAGAGGCCGAUAGAGAAGCACUUAGGCAAGAGUUUAUGUCAAUGAUGCAAGCAGCACAAGGACAAGCAUCCUUACAACAGGCUAAUAAAGAUGGGUAA